CACAGCAAAGGAGGGCCCAGGGGCAAAAUGAGCCACUCGGAAUUACCCUCCCUCAUUCCCAGCCCUGACUUCAGAGUCAGGGUAGCAUGGAACUGAGUUCUCUCUGUCCUCUCUGAGGCACCAGAAGUCUACAAACUGGAGAGAACAGGAGAUGGAGAAAACAAAUGGAGAAGAGGCCUUUGCUCUGACCACUGUGGAGACUGGCAUACAGAACCCAGGGCUGGAACUCACGGUAGAAGGGAUAAAUCCUGAGGGAAGCAAGAGGACUGAAGAACAAGGACACAGCCUUAAGGGUGGAUUAGAACCUCCCACACGACUGAGGAGGACCUUACAGCCUUUCACCAGGGCAAGAAGUUUCUGUAAAACACAUGCUGGCUUGUUCAAGAAGAUCCUACUGAGCCUGCUGGGUUUGGCUUAUGCUGCCUACUUCCUGGCAGCUUGCAUCUUGGAUUUCCAUAGGGCACUGGCCUUGUUCGUCCUCACCUGUUUGGUGCUUUUGGUCCUGGUUCACCGCUUUCUGAAAAGGCUCUUGGGUGAAAAAUUGACGAGAUGUCUCAAGCCCCUUGAAAACUCCCACCUGAAGUUUUGGAUGAAAUGGGUGUUGGCAGGAGUCUCCUUGAUUGGCCUUAUCCUGUGGCUGGCUCUGGACACAGCCCAAAGGCCAGAGCAGCUGAUCUCCCUUGCAGGAAUCUGCAUGUUCAUCAUCAUCCUCUUUGCCUGCUCCAAACACCAUAGCGCAGUGUCCUGGAGGGCAGUGCUUUGGGGCCUAGGUCUUCAGUUCAUCUUUGGGAUCUUGGUCAUCAGAACUGAUCCUGGAUUUAAUGCAUUUCAGUGGCUGGGAGAACAGGUUCAGAUUUUCCUCAGCUAUACAGUGGCUGGCUCCAGUUUUGUUUUGGGGGAUGUUCUGGUCAAAGAUGUCUUCGCCUUUCAGGCCUUACCCAUCAUCCUUUUCUUUGGAUGUGUGAUGUCCAUCCUUUACUACCUGGGCCUUGUGCAGUGGGUUGUUCAGGAGAUUGCUUGGUUUUUGCAAAUCACCAUGGGCACCACGGCCACAGAGACCCUGGCUGUGGCAGGAAACAUUUUUGUGGGUAUGAUGGAGGCACCUCUGCUCAUCCGUCCAUACCUUGCAGACAUGAUGCUCUCUGAAAUCCACACAGUGAUGACUGGAGGGUUUGCCACCAUUUCAGGCACUGUGUUGGGAGCCUUCAUAUCCUUUGGGAUUGAUGCAUCAUCCUUGAUUUCUGCCUCUGUGAUGGCUGCCCCUUCUGCUCUUGCUUUGUCAAAGCUGGUAUAUCCAGAAGUAGAGGAGUUGAAGUUCAAGAAUAAGGAGGGGGUAAAAUUGCCCUGUGGGAAGGAGAAGAAUGUCCUGGAAGCUGCCAGCAAUGGAGCCACAGAUGCCGUGGGCCUUGCUUCUAACGUAGCAGCUAACCUGAUUGCUUUUUUGGCCGUAUUGGCCUUCAUCAAUGCUGCCCUCUCCUGGCUAGGGGAAAUGAUGGACAUACAGGGACUCACUUUUCAGGUCAUCUGCUCCUAUGUCUUAAGGCCCAUGGUUUUCAUGAUGGGUGUCGAGUGGGCAGACUGUCCAAUGGUGGCUGAGAUGGUGGGGAUGAAAUUCUUCACGAACGAGUUUGUGGCCUAUCAGCAACUGUCUCAGUACAAAAACAAGCGUCUCUCUGGAGUGGAGGAGUGGAUCAAAGGCAAGAAGCAGUGGAUUUCUCUAAGUGCCAUGGAAAUCAUUACAACGUUUUCACUCUGUGGAUUUGCCAAUCUGAGUUCCAUAGGAAUCACACUGGGAGGCUUGACAUCAAUGGUACCCCACCGGAAGAGUGACUUGUCCAAGGUUGUGGUCAGUGCCCUCUUAACAGGGGCCUGUGUAUCCCUUAUCAGUGCCUGUGUGGCAGGAAUCCUCUAUGUCCCCAGGGGAGCAGAAACUGACUGUGUCUCCUUCCUAAACACAAGUUUCACCAACCGAACCUAUGAGACCUAUGUGUGCUGCAGAGAGCUCUUUCAGAGUACUUCUCUGAAUGGGACCUACAACCCUCCUUCUUUUUCUGGUCCCUGGGAAGAUGAAGAAUUCAGUGCUAUCACACUUUAUAGCUGCUGUGAUCUCUACACCAGUGCUGUCUGUCUAAAGCUGGUUAAUUUCCAUAAAAGUCCUAAUAUGGAUGGCUUUUUGAUGGCAAAGGUAUUUAUGUACUCAGAGUUCUCAUUGUAUAACUAAUGCACUUUGAUCUUUAACAGUAAAUAUAAAAUUUUCAUUUUGGUUCAGUAUAUGUCAGUAAUGAAAAUUAGCACUCAUUUUUCCAUUAUUUGGCUGAACCAAAUAAGAAAUUUCGUAUGGGCUCUGUUUGAGCUUAGAGUCAAAAUAAUAAAUAUUACCAUAUCAAAAAAUAUCUUACAAACCUUGCUUCUAGUUGCCAUCUUAAGAAUUAUAUGAUGUAGUAAGCUAUAAAUGUGAUUUGGUAUGUAAUGUGUACUGAGGUAAAAAGCUGUAUUUCUUGGAUUUCUGUGGAUGAGCUGGGUUUAUGGUACUAAAGGUAUAUAUGAAAAUUAUAUGAAUAUUGAACCAUAA